UAUUCUAUUUUUAAACUUGUUCAGUAUGCUUAUCAUCAAAAAUAGAAAGUCAGCUCUUUGAAAGUCACUUCAAAUCAAACGCAUUUUUCAUAUCAAGCAGAUAUAAAGUGAAUUGUGCUUUUCCUAGUUAUCGGUUUCCGUACGUCAGCGUAAAAACUACCAACUAUGGAAAAUAGCUACGACAGUAUGAUGGCAGCUAAAGGCUUUUUGCCUUACCGGAUGGGUUACCUGACAGAUUGGAUGGUGGAAAAAGCAAAAGAAGAAUUAAAUGAAACUGAAGAAAUUCGUGAACAGGCUCUUGCAGAAUUAAAGAGAUUGAUAGCUGAGGAAAGAAAUCUGGAUAUUUGGACUGAUGACUCUUACUUGUUGCAAUUUCUACGAGCAAGAAAAUUCGAUACAGAUAGGGCGAUGGAACUUGUACGCAAUUUCUACACAAUGCUCAAGAAUUAUCNCGAGAGUUUCUUCAAAGGAUUAAAUCUUGACAAUUGCAUUGCAGAGGAAAGAAAUCUGGAUAUUUGGACUGAUGACUCUUACUUGUUGCAAUUUCUACGAGCAAGAAAAUUCGAUACAGAUAGGGCGAUGGAACUUGUACGCAAUUUCUACACAAUGCUCAAGAAUUAUCCUGAUGUUUAUAAAAGGGAUCAAGAUCCUGAGGAAUUAAAUAUUUUGUCGGAGAGUGAUUGUGGAGGGGCUUAUCCCUAUAGGCACAAGGAUGGGGGCAUAGUCUAUUUUUUGAACGCCGCCAAAUGGGAUCCUGACGAAAUUUCAACUGACUUAGCUAUGAUGGGCUUCACCGGUGUGACACUAGCUAUUGCAGAAGACCCAGCGACUCAAGUUUGUGGAGUUCAUUUCAUAUUUAAUGCUCAAUAUAGACUGAAGCAUCUACGUGCAAUUGGUGUGAAAACAGUUAAGUUGAUUUCAGAAAUAUUUAGAAAUACUGUACCCAUUCGAUUCAAAAGCAUCCACAUAGUCAAUGAAUCAUCGAUUUUUGGAUAUAUUUUCAACAUGUUGAAAAUCUUUAUGACUGAUAAAAUUAGGAAUAGGAUCCACUUUCAUGGAAGUGAUUUGAAAGAGCUACAUAAACACAUACCGAAAGAAAUUUUGCCUGCUGAAUUUCAUGGUGAUAAUAUUAACUAUUCUGCAAAGGAGUUUUGUAAAAACGAAAUCGGCUCAUUCCUCAAAAAGUACUGUUUGAUGCUCAACAAAGGUUAUUUCUGAAAUUCAAUUCAAUUCAGUUAAUGUUAUUAAAAAAACUUCCAGGCCCACUAGGACCAACAUUUUUCUGAUUUUGUCUUCAUGAGUCUUCAUGAUCGACUGGCAUACUUCCUGUAUGCCAGUCGUUCUUAAAAACUUGAGAUAUCGCAAUGACUUAAUUGUCAUGUUCUAACAUGUCAUAACGAUUGUCAUGUUCUUCAUUUUCGAAUUCAUUUGUAUGUCAUUCUAUGUCAUUAUGCUAUGUUAGAACUUAUGUCACUUUUUUUUAUGUUAUGUUGUGUUAGCAUGUUAUUUUAGAAUUUAUGUUAUUUUUUAUGUUAAAACUUAUUUUGCUGUGCUAGAAUAAAGAAAAUUUCAAAGUUA